ACGCCACCGGUAUGUAGGUUACACAAGUGUAGGCUAUAUAAGAACGGCAGAAGGCUGUGUCAAGGAAAGCAUACCCGUAGCUUACAGUAAACAGGCUCUUCUUUGAAUUGAUAGCAACCGUACCAUAUCGUGUAGUCUACCGGAAAGUGUAAAUUAGCUUUCUUGUAGAGAUUUAAAGAGUGUAGAUUCGCUUAUUUGUCUAUUGGCCACUGAAAAUGCUCUUAAGUAAGGGUUUGAAUCCUGCAUUGUGCGGAAGUGCCCUCCGCUUAUCUUCUGCAACCGCCCGGAUUCAAACUAAAGGUGUUGCAGCAGCCUUUCAAAAUGCACGUCUAUAUGCCAGCCAGGCCGCAGAGGCUGUGUUGGAUAAAACAGAAGUUGGAAGCACAACUGCUGUUAAACCACUUGCGAAUAAGAAGGCACUGGCAGUGGAGUCCAAGUCCUUCGCCGUUAACAUGUUCAAGGGCCAGAUCAGCACCGCCCAGGUGUUCCCCUACCCAUCAGCGAUGAAUGAAGAGCAGACUCAGUUCCUUAGGGAGCUGGUUCCUCCAGUUUCCAAAUUCUUUGACGAAGUGAACGACCCGGCUAAAAACGAUGCCCUGGAGAAGGUGGAGGACCACACCAUGGAGGGACUGAAGGAGAUGGGAGCUUUUGGUCUGCAGGUGCCGGCUGACCUGGGGGGCCUCGGCCUCUCCAACACACAGUAUGCCAGGUUGGUGGAGAUUGUCGGUAUGCAUGAUCUGGGAGUUGGCAUUACACUCGGAGCCCACCAGUCCAUCGGCUUUAAGGGCAUCCUGCUCUUUGGCAACCCAGAGCAGAAGGAGAAAUACCUGCCCAAGCUGGCAUCAGGAGAGAACAUCGCUGCGUUUUGUCUGACGGAGCCUUCCAGUGGCUCAGACGCGGCCUCCAUCAAGUGUACAGCUGUGCAGUCUGAAUGCGGCCAGUACUUCACCCUCAAUGGCGGGAAGAUCUGGAUCAGUAAUGGAGGCCUGGCGGAGAUUUUCACCGUGUUUGCCAAGACUCCAGUUAAGGAUGAGAAAACAGGAGAAAUGAAGGACAAGAUCACUGCUUUCGUUGUGGAGAGGAGCUUCGGGGGAGUGACCCAUGGUCCGCCAGAGAAGAAGAUGGGCAUCAAGGCGUCCAACACGGCGGAGGUGUACUUUGAGAAUGUGCGCGUGCCCGCUGACUGUGUCCUCGGGGAGGUCGGCGGAGGCUUUAAAGUGGCCAUGAACAUCCUCAACAACGGGCGCUUUGGCAUGGCUGCUGCCCUCUCGGGGACCAUGAAGGGCGUCAUCACCAAGGCCGUGGACCACGCUGUCAACAGGACCCAGUUUGGCAGCAAGAUCCACACGUAUGGAGCCAUCCAGGAGAAGGUGGCCCGCAUGGCCAUGCUGCACUACGUGACCCAGUCUAUGGCCUACAUGAUCAGUGGAAACAUGGACAGCGGUGCAGCGGAGUUUCAGAUCGAGGCGGCCAUCAGCAAGAUCUUUGCCUCUGAAGCAGCUUGGACAGUGACGGAUGAAUGUAUUCAGGUCAUGGGAGGAAUGGGCUUCAUGAAGGACUCGGGUGUGGAAAGGGUGAUGAGAGAUUUGAGAAUCUUCCGGAUCUUUGAGGGCACCAAUGAUAUCCUCAGACUUUUUGUGGCUUUGAAUGGCUUCCAGAAUGCAGGCACCCAUCUGAAGAGUCUGCAGAGAGCUCUGAAGAACCCCCUCGGCAAUGCUGGGAUGCUGGUCGGGGAAGUCAGUAAAAGGGCUAAGAGGAAAGCUGGCCUGGGAUCAGGUGUGACCCUUCAGGGCACUGUUCACGCGGAUCUGGCCCAGAGCGGGGACAUGGCUGUGAAGGCAGUCGAGCAGUUCGGAGUGACUGUUGAGGACCUGCUUCUCAAACACGGGAAGAAGAUCAUCAAUGAGCAGUUUGUGCUGAAGAGAGUGGCCGACUCCGCUAUUGAUCUGUACUCCAUGGUUGUGGUGCUUUCCAGAGCUUCCCGUGCACUGAGCCAACAGGCGCCCUCUGCCCAGCAUGAGAAGAUACUGUGUGAGACCUGGUGCAUUGAGGCCCAUGACAGGGUCAUGGAUAACUUGAAGUCCCUGGGUGCCCGCUCCAGUCUGCAGACCUUCAAGAACAUGCGCGACGUCUCCAUGGCUGUCGUGGAGAACGGCGGCAUCGUGGCCCCACACCCUCUGGGCUUCUAGGAGUCCGAGGCUCAAAGUCACCCCAUAGCUUCACAUGAACAAAGCUGCAGACAGACCCAAGUCACUUAAUCAAACACAACUGACUUUUCUAAACCCAACUUAGGGGCUGUAGGUACAGUCACACACACACACACACACACACACACACACACACACUCAAACAAAGACCGCCAAGGAUUAACUCGGGUCUAUUGUCAUUUACAGCUUUUGGGUCCAAAUAAUGCCUUAUACAUAAGCCUGCAAAGUGAAUGCUGGUCAUACUUUAACACACUCAUACUGUAGAUUGUACACACGCUAGAGUCUUCUUCUGGACAGUCUGAUCAUGACAAGUCAGAAAUCCCUUGGACAUCUGCCUCUAAAGUUACAUUCUACCUCUUAAGAGGUCAUACCUCUCUAGCCUUUAUUUGUCUUUCAUUCAUAUCUUUCAGACUUUUGGCAUGUCAUGAUGAACUUGUCGAAGUGAUCUGCCUUCAUAGUAGCGUCACAUGACUGAUCCGUUUAACCAGUCAUAUCGCAUGCCCACUUCUCUUGGGAGUUUGUAUAGUUCUUUAGUCAGUGCAUUUUCUUUAGUACCUAUGUACGUAUAUUAACCUUCAACAUGAACAGCUUGAAAACACACACACACACACACACACACAGUAGUGUGACAUUUUGCUUGACCAUGUUCCUUAAGGUCAUCAGGGCCAUUCUCUCCAACGAUCCUACCGUCUCUGGGCACCAAGUGCUCUUAUCCACUGUCCACUUGCUAAAGUGCUUUACAGUUAUUUACUAAUGCUGACCUUCGAUAGUGUAACACAACCACUCACAAUGAGACUAAUGAUUUUGCCUGCAGUUGAUAGAAGUCACAGCUCUUAUAACUGUACUUUGUAAAAAAUGUUAGUCAGUUAUGUGUCUAUAUGUAGUUACAUGGUUUUAUAAUGAGAUGUGUUUUGGGUUAACGGUCUGGUGUACCUUUUUAAAGCCUUAUGUAAUAAAAAUGUUAUUUAAGUGGAA